GCCACCGUGAGGAACAGAGAGUCCUACUCCAGGAGCUGAGAGCCAUUGUGGCUCAACAGAGCACCAAACUGAAUGAGAUGGGAGCCACCGUGGAGGAACAGAGAGUCCUACUCCAGGAGCUGAGAGCCAUUGUGGCUCAACAGAGCACCAAACUGAAUGAGAUGGGAGCCACCGUGGAGGAACAGAGAGUCCUACUCCAGGAGCUGAGAGCCAUUGUGGCUCAACAGAGCACCAAACUGAAUGAGAUGGGAGCCACCGUGGAGGAACAGAGAGUCCUACUCCAGGAGCUGAGAGCCAUUGUGGCUCAACAGAGCACCAAACUGAAUGAGAUGGGAGCCACCGUGGAGGAACAGAGAGUCCUACUCCAGGAGCUGAGAGCCAUUGUGGCUCAACAGAGCACCAAACUGAAUGAGAUGGGAGCCACCGUGGAGGAACAGAGAGUCCUACUCCAGGAGCUGAGAGCCAUUGUGGCUCAACAGAGCACCAAACUGAAUGAGAUGGGAGCCACCGUGGAGGAACAGAGAGUCCUACUCCAGGAGCUGAGAGCCAUUGUGGCUCAACAGAGCACCAAACUGAAUGAGAUGGGAGCCACCGUGGAGGAACUGAAGAGAGAGAACGGAGAGAGACCGAAGGUGGCCUUCUCAGCCUCGCUGUCUGAAUCCAAAGGACCAAAUAGUGAAGGUGUCAUCCUGGCCUACAAACAUGUCUUCAACAAUAUUGGUGAGGCUUACAGUCCGGUGACAGGUAUCUUCAGAGCACCGGUUAAUGGAGUCUACUACUUCACAUACACUGCCUUUACAACCUCCAGCAAGGGGAGAAGAGUGUCGCUGUAUAAAAAUGGACAUGUAAUGGUGACUGUGACCGAUGACGUUUCAGACUCGGAGGACGGUGGAACCAAUGGUGUCACACUGCAGCUGGAUGCAGGAGACGAGGUCUACACUCGACUGAUGGAAGGAUUUAACAUCUUUGAUGACAAUCACCACAGCACCUUUACUGGCUUUCUGCUCUUCACUUAGAAAACAGUUUAUUCUAUCGCUGAAUCCUACUGCUUUAGAAGGAUUUAAUGACAUAUAGUACCAUAAUUUAUGACAUAUAGUACUAUGAUUUAAUGACAUAUAGUACUAUGAUUUAUGACAUAUAGUACUAUGAUUUAUGACAUAG